AUGUUCCAGUCAUCACAGCGUCCUCCUCAAGGUCGAAAGGCAGUUCGUACAUCAACUGCACCUAGUUUGUUCAGUGAUUCUGACAAAAAUUCUCUUGCAAGUGAAAGUUGUAUGAAAGAUGCUUUAGAUUCACGGAGUGCUGACUGCCGUUCACCUUCUUCUGACCUUCAUGGAGAUGGUAAUCAUAUCAGUAGAAAGUUAGGCAUAGAAAAUAUACGUAAAAUGAGGGAUAGAUCACUUCCAAGCCCAGUAUCACGGGAAGAAGUUCAAUCAAUUUACAGUGUACAUCAACAUCUUAAAAAUACAAUUAUUCAGUUUAAAGAUCCUGCAAAACAGGGUUGUUCUUCGCCAUCUAGAGUGAAGCGAAGAAAAGAAGUUAUUCGGUGUUGGAGUCGAGAAAGGAUUAUACGCAAUGAAACAAUCAUAAGCAUACGUCCACCUGAACAACCUAAACCAGCAUUGGAACAUAAAAAUGAAUCAAAUGAAGAGAAUUUACACAAAUCCAGACUAACAGCUUCUACAUCUAAUUUUCAUACUUUUCCAUCUGAAAUGUCAGCGAAUCAAAGUGAAAGUUCCGUUUCACUACCAUCUUCAUUACGAUAUAUUCCAGUACAGAUAGUUGAUGACAGUCAGGCUAAUAACAUAAAGACAACUAUACCAGCCAGCGUCUCUGAUAAAUGUCAACAAAAUAAUCUGCCUGAUAAGGCUUCUUGGAUUAAAUCUUCUAAUAAAGAUAUCUCAAAUAAACGAUUGAAUUUAUCGAUCUCUAAUUUGGAAUAUGCUGAGUAUAUUGAUGAUGAGUAA